AUGCCCGAGCAUACGCCAAUCGUCGACGUUCGCGUCAAGGACGCCACGCGCGUCUCAAGUCUUCGCCAGGACAUCCUGGACGGCCUUGCGCGGCCGCCUCACCACCGCACGCUUCCUACCCUGCUCUUGUAUAACGAGAGGGGCUUGCGCUUGUACGACGACAUCACCACAGGCGCCCCAGAGUACUAUCUCUUCGGAGCGGAGGAGCAGAUCCUCAAAGAGCAUGCAGACGAUGUGGUACGCGCCAUGGAAUCCGGACAUGCGGACGCGGGAGGCCAAGUGGUGCUUGAAUUGGGCGCAGGUGCCCUCCGCAAGACGUCCUUGGUCCUCGAUGCUCUCGCGCGUGCAGUCGCCGAGGGGGAAUCGGCGAACCCAAUCUCAUACUACGCCCUCGACCUCGAGGAACGCGAGCUUAAGCGGACUCUCCAAGGGCUGUCAGAAUCAGAGAUCGGCCCUCGCCUCGCGGACAAGGUCGCCCUGGCUGGCAUGCUGGGCGAGUAUCAGGACGGGAUCAAGUUCGUAGAGCAGGGCGGUCUGCGAGGAAGAGACAGCGUCCCGCGCAUGACCCAACCAUACGCGCUGGGCCGACUGGGCCGCAACCCCUCUCCUUCAUCAUCUGCCUCGGACCCGUCCGAGGGAAGCAGCAAAGCCACCAGUCAUACGGCACCGUCCACUCCUGAUCAGAAUCACGGACCGCUGCACAUCCUCUUCCUGGGAUCGUCCCUGGGAAACUUUCUCAGAGGAGAAGACGCGGCCUUCCUGCGAUCUCUCCCGCUGCGCGCGGGAUCUGGCGAUACGCUCUUGCUUGGCCUUGAUCACGACAACGACGCGCGAAAGAUCGAAUUGGCCUACAACGAUCCCAAGAGGUUCACUGAGAAGUUCAUCAUGAAUGGACUUCGAACCGCGGGAGAAGCCCUGGGCGACGAUAAACUCUUCGAUGAAGCCCACUGGGAGUAUGUAAACCGGUACGACAUUGACGAGCGCCAACAUGAAGCUUACUUCCGCUCAAAGCAAUCCCAGACCGUGAUGGAUCCGAAAACCCGCCAAAGCUUCCACUUCGAGGCCGGUGAGCUCUUGAAGAUCGAAGUCUCGACAAAGUUCUCGGACAAGGAUGCGUAUACCCUAUUUGCCGAAGCGGACCUCCGUCCCAUACAGCGCUGGACGGACGACUCGCGCCAAUACUCCCUCUGGCUACUCGAGAGGCCUCCGUUCCUGUUUCCGCUGCUCAAAUCACCGACCGUGAAUGAGGUCGACUUGGUGUCGCCCUUCAACCUGCCGAGUGUGCACGACUGGCGCUGCAUGUGGGCGGCUUGGGAUUUCGUCACGCGCGAGAUGAUACCACCGUCGAUGCUGUACCAGAAGCCGAUCGACCUCAGGCAUAUAUGCCUCUUCUACUGUGGACAUAUACCAACUUUCUUGGAUAUCCAUCUGUCGCGGCUCUUGGGAGAGGCUCACACGGAACCGGAGGAGUACAAGUACAUCUUUGAGCGCGGUAUUGAUCCUAAUGUCGAUGACCCAACGCAGUGUCAUUCCCAUAGCGAAGUCCCCACGGCGGACGACGACUGGCCAUCGCUCAGCGCUAUUCUCGACUUCCAGGACCGAGUGCGGGAUCGUCUCUUGCGCUUGUACGCCGACUUCGAGUCCGGCAAGAAAACUCUCACAAGGAAGAUGGCCAGAGUGCUAUUCAUGACCUUCGAGCAUGAAGGAUUCCACGCCGAGACCCUACUCUACAUGCUAAUCCAGAGGGCUGGAACCGGCACUCUGCCGCCUAUCGGGUUCACCAAGCCCGAGUGGUCGUCGUUGCAGAAAACCUGGGGGAAAAUGCCGCAGCCAGCGGAACGCACAGUAACGCUCGGACCCGCCGAUGUCGUCCUCGGCCACGACGAUAUCGAAGCCGAGGACAACGACCCCAAGCUAGCGACUGACCUCAAAGGACAUUCCUUUGGUUGGGACAACGAGAGCCCGCGGCGCACUGUCCACGUGAACGAGUUCCGGAUCGAAUGGCGGCCAAUCACGAACGAGGAGUUCUAUGAGUUUUAUAACGGGCCCGGUAAGGGGAAGGUCAAGUACCCAGCUAGCUGGGUGAAAGUUGGCAACGAAACACAGGUACGCACACUUUACGGCCCGGUACCCAUUAAAGUCGGUUGGAACUGGCCUGUCGUCACCUCGUACGACGACCUAUCCACGUACGCGAUCGUCAAGGGCGGACGCAUCCCGACCGAGGCCGAACUGCGGCUUUUCUACGACAAGUUCGUCUGCGGCUACGAGGGAGGCGCGAACGUCGGCUUCCGAAACUGGCACCCCGUCCCAGCCACCGCCGGCGGGGAUGGGAAGGGCCAGAAGGGCCACAAUGGGGGCGUUUGGGAGUGGACGUCGACGGUAUUCGACGAGUAUCCCGGCUUCGUCCCUUCUGUCCUCUACCCCGGUUACUCUCUGGACUUCUUCGAUGGCCGUCACCAGGUCGUGAUUGGUGGAUCGUAUGCGACGAUUCCUCGCAUCGCCGAUCGCAGGACGGUCAGGAACUUCUACCAACGGAACUAUCCCUAUGCGUGGUGCGGAGCACGCGUCGCAUACAAUAUCUGA